UUAGUCAUCUAAUCUUCUCCCCUUUCCUCUUCCUCUCCUGAUGCCUCUGCGGUGACCUGACUGCUCAAGUGCCAUUUCACUGCCUGUUACAGGGAGGUGCUGCCUGCUUCUGUCCGAGGGCCCCUUCUUCCUGGAGCAUCUGCAAAUUCAGAUGCCCCAGCUCCUCUUUGACGAUUUUCCUGCUGCUGCAACACCCACAGUGCCCUGUGGGUGCCUUUAAUGGCUCUGAAGUCACUCUACUACAGUUGUUAACUUGACAGUGCCUCUACCUAGACCAUCAGCCCCCUGAGGACAGGGCUCGGCUAGCAGCAGACCUACUUUCCUGGGGUUCUCAGGUCAUUUACCCCACCCCUGGAGGGGAGAGCCACUGGGUCCAGUGAGGUUAAUCAGUCCUCACAAGGUCGGAGCUGCUGACUCCACUAAUCAGCUUGGGCCUCCUAAUCCAUCCCCAGCAGGAACUUCAGGACAGGUGGCAGUGGCUCCAGAGAGCUGGCCGGGGUCAUCUUGGCCCCUGGCCUGUGGCUUUCUUCUGCAGACUCACUCUGGGAGGGGAUGGGGCAGCUGAGCCAUGUGCACCACGUUCUUCCUGCUCAGCACCUUGGCCAUGCUCUGGCGCCGCCGAUUUGCCAAUCGGGUCCAACCAGAGCCCAGUGGAGCCGAGGGGGCGGAUGGGGCAGCUGUGGGGAGCAGCCUGGACACAGACCUCCAAUCCCCAGGCAGGGAGAGAGAGCCGCUGAAGUAAGCCCUCGCUGCUGCAGGCCAGGCUCAGCCCCAGGGACUGCGAUCAGCUGGCCCAGGCAGCUCAAGUCCUGGCUUGUCCCCCAGCCCAAGAGACCCCUGUGUGGGCAGAAGCCGCAGCCUGAAGGAGGGUGGGAAGAAGCAGCUCUGAGCAGGCAAGAAAAUGUUCCUAAGCUUGGUCAGAACUUAUCAAGACCUUCGGCCAGGCCUCAGUUUCCCUCUGGGUCCCUGC